AUGGUGCUCUUCCAGCUGAUUCAUCCGGCGCCGCUGGAGGAGAAGGUGCAGUCGCGCGAGGCGAAUAUAUAUCUCUACAGGGCCAUGUGGCUUAUUGGAUGGAUUCCGCCCAAAGAGGGUCUGCUGCGGUAUGUGUAUCUCUUCUGGACCUGUGUGCCCUUUGCCUUUGGUGUGUUCUACCUGCCCGUGGGCUUCAUCAUCAGCUAUGUGAAUGAGUUUAAGAACUUUACGCCUGGCGAGUUUCUAACCUCCCUGCAGGUGUGCAUUAACGUGUAUGGAGCUUCUGUAAAGUCAACGAUUACGUAUAUAUUCCUGUGGAGAUUACGGAAAACGGAGAUGCUGCUGGAUAAUCUGGACAGGCGACUGAAGGGUGAUGGGGAUCGCAAGAAGAUCCAUGAAAUGGUGGCCCGCUGCAAUUAUGCUUUCCUGAUCUAUAGCUUUAUCUACUGUGGCUAUGCGGGUUCCACUUUUCUUUCCUAUGCCCUAAGUGGUCGUCCUCCUUGGUCUGUUUAUAAUCCUUUUGUGGACUGGCGCGAUGGUCUGGGUAGCCUGUGGAUUCAGGCUAUUUUCGAGUACAUAACCAUGUCCUUUGCGGUGCUGCAAGAUCAGCUAUCUGAUACUUAUCCCUUGAUGUUUACUAUAAUCUUUCGGGCGCACAUGGAUGUGCUGAAGGAUCAUGUGAGAAAUCUGCGAAUGGAUCCGGAGAGAAGUGAGGCGGAUAACUACCAGGAUUUGGUUAAUUGUGUCAUAGAUCACAAGAUGAUAUUGAGAUGCUGCGACAUGAUACGUCCCAUGAUUUCCAGAACUAUUUUCGUGCAGUUCCUCCUCAUUGGCUCUGUUUUGGGCUUGACCCUGAUCAAUGUGUUCUUCUUCUCGAACUUUUGGAAAGGAGUGGCUUCUUUUCUUUUUGUUAUCACCAUCCUGCUGCAAACAUUUCCCUUUUGUUAUACCUGCAAUUUACUCCUGGAUGAUGCCCAGGACUUGGCAAACACUAUAUUCCAAUCGAAUUGGGUGGAUGCAGAGCCUCGCUACAAGGCCACCUUGGUACACUUUAUGCAUCAUGUCCAGCAGCCUAUAAUAUUCAUAGCAGGAGGCAUAUUUCCCAUCUCCAUGAACAGCAACAUAAGCGUGGCCAAGUUCGCCUUCAGCAUCAUCACAAUAGUGCGGCAAAUGAAUCUGGCCGACCAGUUCCAGUAA